GGUUUCCACCGUGUGCGCUCGUUCAUGUAUCUGCUGGUUAAAGAGAGCGGGGCGCGUGCCUGUGUUGUGUCAGUGUGAACAGACGGAGCGGAGGGUUCGUUUGUUUCUCUGAACUCUGAUCGGCUUCACAUCGAUUAUCGAUCAGUGGUUAUUAGUUUGUUUGUUUGUUUGUUUGUUUGUUUGUUGUAGUUUAAACCCUUAAUGUAAAAACUACAAACACAGUUUACGGCGGUGACGUAGAGCAGCGUGUGAGAGGAGCAGGAAACACGUGCGCUCACAGCAGCAGAGCUGACAGGUCACAGCGAAUACUGACGGUUACUGGUGAUACUGGUUUAAGUGACGGGGUCAUGAACUGGUGUCUCAGACAGACGGUCUGAGCUGAAGACACGUCACGGACAGAGAGCUGAUGGAUGAGUCUCCCAGCAGACAGGAGGACGAGGACUUGUCUUCGUCCUCGCCUCACGCAGUGGCGGUAACUCAGUGUGACUCCACCCCCCUGCUUUGGAGGGUGGAGGACCUGCGGUCGGUGAGGUCUCAGGGCCUGGUGGGGGCGCUGCUGGGUUCGCUGCCCCGGACGCCCCGACAGAACACUCGACUGGGCCGACCGCUGCUGCUGCUGCCAGAGGAGGAGAGACUACUGAGGGAACGCCGCACCGCAGCCGCCGCCGCUGCGCCACCUGCUGCUGACCAGUGUGAAGGAGGGGUGAAGCUCCGUCUGCAGGUGCAGCAGCACCAGGAGGAGCAGGAGAGGAGUUACCAGGAGCAGAGCAUCCUCGCUCUGGAGGACAGGAAGUCAGCACUGCUCCGAGCCAUGACCUCAUCACACACAGAGUCUGGAUCUGGGGCUGCAGACGAGGCCCUGCGGGGCCGCCUGGAGGGCCUGCACCGCAGCUUCACCUUCCCUCGCUCAGCGAUGGCGGUCCAGCUGAGCACAGCGAGGGCGGGGCUUUCUUACUGCCCCGAGGCCCGUGCCUUCCUGCAGGCUGACGGGCCAAUCAGAGGACAGGACAAGUCAUGCUGCACUGCCAGGUACCAGGUGUUCAAAGACCUGAGGGGGCGGGGCUUCUACUUGACCUCAGCGGGGAAGUUUGGAGGAGACUUCCUGGUGUACCCAGGUGAUCCUCUUCGUUUCCACGCUCACUUCAUCGCUGUCUGUCUGUCCCUGGACGAGUGUCUCUGUCUGCUGGACGUCCUUGCCGUGACUCGUCUGGGGUCCAACGUGAAGAAGACUGUUCUGCUCUGCUCUCCGGGGCCGGACGGACGAGUCCUGUACACCUCGUUACAGUGGAGCGGGAUGGUUUAGAUCUGUGUUUCUCAACGUCAGCCUUGUAUACAUACAUACAUACGCCAAUCAGCCAAAAAAUUUGAACCACUGGUGGCUGAAGUGAGUCGCAUUGAUCAUAUUGUUACAGUGCAAUGUUCUCUUGGGGAACUUUUGGUCCAGAAAUUCAUGAGGACGCCACUUGAUGCGCUAGACCCACCUGAACACCGCUGCAGAUCGAGUAUCGCUCCUCACAGCAACAGUACUCCCUGAUGCCAGUGGCCCCCAGCAGGACAAUGCACCAUGCUACACUGCAGAAACUGCUCAGGAAUGGUCUGAAGAACGUGUCAGAAAGCUAAAGGCAUCAACCUGGCCUCCCAAUACCCCAGGUUGAAAUCUGAGGCCUCCCUGGAUUGGACUUGUCUCUGACACGUCAAGACAUGGACACAGGACCUCUGGAAGGUGUCCUGUGGUGUCUGGAACUGGGUGGUUACUUAGCCCACAGUAGUGUUUGGUCGGGUGGAGGGCAUCAAGUAGCAUCCACAUGAAUUCCAUAACCCAAGAUUUCCCAACAGAACAUUGCACUGUAACAAGAUGAUCAAUGUUAUUCACUUCACCCACCAGUGGUUUUAAUGUUUGUAAUGUUCAUUCAUUGUGCUAAAUAAGAAAGUCAUGUUGUCAGGUUCAGAUGACGUACCAAUACUAUUGUGCGUCCCUGGUCUCAGACCCUCCUUUGAUAAGAUUUGGUCUCAGAGACCUCUGACUCAAAAGGUAUUUGUUGUUCGAUCAGAACUCUACAGCUGAGGAGAUCACCCUGGAACUACCUCAAGGACCCCUGAGGGUCCCCAGGCCCCUGCUUGAGAACCCCUGAUUCAGAUAACAGAUCAGUUCUGUGGCCUAAGACCUGAUCAGGAAGCUGAACCUGAACCUUAGUCCAGUUCAGACCAAAGAUUCAUGACGAGAUGAAACUGUUUUAGAAUGUUACAGAGAAAAGUGUCAGCGGUGUAAACUGGACUCAGAUUGGUCUGAUGAUGUCGCCUGAUUCUCAGCUGGUCAAACCACCGGCGGCUGGUUCAGGAACAGAUGGGGGGACAUUUGGUCAGAUACUGAACUGGUGGGUGAGUCGUCCAUGUUUUUACAGACGUGGGUGGAAACUGUAACUCGACUGAUUCAUAGAGACAAAAAACAUGAUGUGAUGAUUCUAGUUUACAGAAGAAAGUUAAAAUUAUAAAACUGGU